GUGAUGCACAGCCUGAGCCAUUUGCAUGCUCUGUGCUCCGGCUGGCCUCGUUCCGCAGAGCACAACAGGCUGUGCUCCCCGAGCUGGGGGGAGAGGGGAGGAACGAGCCCUUCCUGCAGCAUCCCGUGGCUGAAGGCGCUGGGAGUUACCUGGGGGUGAGGGUGCUUUUCCUGCCGUGCCCCCCGCCUGCGUCACUCGCUCUGUAGCUGGGGCUUUGCUUUGCAGGCGUUGCAGCCCCUGCAGCCCGGAGCGGCGGAAUCGCAGCGCCGUGUGCGCGGCUCGUGCCCAAAGUCGGCACUGCUCCUGCACAACCGCGGCAGCACGGAGCACACGCUGCCAGCUUUUCUACCAGGCGGUGCCCUUUGCUUUUGAGGAAAGUUGCCUCCGGAUUUGCUUGUCUGCCUUUUAUGGCUCAUGAAAAUCUCAUCGUGUUGCUCAGCGAGCGGUGCUGGCGAGGUGCUCCUGGACUUCUGAGGACUGCUUUCCUAAUGUUUGCUCUCGGGAGAUGUGAAGAUCCAAUGGAGGCUUUCCUGCAGUGAGAAUUCCCGUUUUCAUUGCCAACGAUGCACAAGAGUCACAAAAUUAAUGGCAGACCUUGAAGUGUAUAAAAAUUUAAAUCCUGAGAAAGUUGAAAGAUGCAUGAGUGUUAUGCAGUCUGGGACUCAGAUGGUUAAGCUGAAGAGUGGAACCAAAGGGCUCGUUCGUCUCUUCUACCUGGAUGAGCACAGGACCUGCAUCCGAUGGAGACCGUCCAGAAAAAGUGAAAAGGCAAAAAUCGUCAUUGAUUCUAUUUACAAAGUGACCGAAGGCCGUCAGUCUGAAAUCUUCCACCGCCAUGCAGAGGGGAACUUUGACCCGAGCUGUUGCUUUACCAUUUACCAUGGCAACCACCUGGAGUCGCUGGAUCUGAUUACCUCCAACCCAGAGGAGGCUCGCACCUGGAUCACAGGACUGAAAUAUUUGAUGGCUGGGAUAAGCGACGAGGACUCGCUUGCGAAGCGACAGAGAACUCACGAUCACUGGGUGAAACAAACUUUUGAGGAAGCUGACAAGAAUGGGGAUGGGCUGCUGAACAUCGAAGAGAUCCACCAGCUGAUGCAUAAGCUAAACGUUAACCUGCCCCGCAGGAAGGUCCGGCAGAUGUUUCAGGAAGCUGACACAGACGAGAACCAAGGAACUCUGAACUUUGAAGAAUUUUCAGUGUUUUACAAGAUGAUGUCCCUGCGUCGAGACCUCUACUUACUGCUCCUGAGCUACAGUGACAAGAAAGAUCACCUCACCAUUGAAGAACUCGCUCAGUUUCUGAAGGUGGAACAAAAGAUGAGUAAUGUGACACCAGAAUAUUGUCUUGACAUCAUACAGAAGUUUGAAGUAUCAGAAGAAAACAAGGAGCAGAACGUUCUUGGGAUUGAAGGUUUCACCAACUUCAUGCGCAGUCCUGCCUGUGAUGUUUUCAAUCCAUUGCAUUGUGAAGUGCACCAGGAUAUGGAUCAGCCCCUUUGUAACUACUUCAUUGCUUCGUCUCACAACACGUACCUGACAGGAGAUCAGCUGAUGUCCCAGUCUAGGGUGGAGAUGUACGCACGAGUGCUGCAGGAUGGUUGUCGAUGUAUUGAAGUGGAUUGCUGGGAUGGCCCAGAUGGAGAACCAGUAGUGCAUCAUGGGUAUACACUCACCUCUAAAAUACUCUUCCGUGACGUGGCAGAAACUAUCAAUAAAUACGCCUUCAUCAAAAAUGAGUUUCCGGUGAUACUGUCUAUUGAAAAUCAUUGCAGUAUUCAGCAGCAAAAGAAGAUUGCUCAGUACUUGAAGGAGAUACUUGGUGACAAAUUGGACUUGUCAUCUGUAGUCACCGGAGAUUCCAGGCAGCUUCCUAGCCCUCAAAACUUGAAAGGGAAAAUCCUAGUGAAGGGAAAGAAGUUGCCAUACAGUCUUGGAGCAGAUGCCGAAGAAGGAGAGGUUUCUGAUGAGGAUAGUGCUGAUGAAAUUGAGGACGACUGCAAGUUGAAAUCCUGCUAUAGUAAUGGUGCUACUGAGCAUCAGGUGGAAUCUUUUAUAAGAACCAAGCUUGAAUCUCUGCUAAAAGAGUCCCAGAUCAGGGACAAAGAAGAUCCUGACAGCUUCACGGUGAGAGCACUGCUAAGGGCAACUCACGAAGGUUUAAGUGUUAACCUGAAGCAGAACCUGGACAUGAAAGAAGGUGGGAAAAAGUCUCACAGUCGAUCAUUAAUGGGCAACUUCGGUAAACACAAAAAAACAGGGAAGGCAACAUCCAAAUGUAGCACAUCAGAUGAUGAUGAAAAUCAGCAAAACUCUUCUGGAAAGGAAGCAGGGCAGCUGCACAGUAGACUGACUCGUCGAAGGAAAACUGUGAAGCUGUGCCGAGCUCUGUCUGACCUAGUGGUGUACACAAACUCUGUGGCAGCUCAGGAUAUAGUAGACGAUGGAUCAACAGGGAAUGUGCUGUCAUUCAGUGAAACAAGAGCCCACCAAGCAGUGCAACAGAAGGCUGAACAGUUCAUGCUUUACAACCAGAAGCAGCUUACAAGGGUUUAUCCGUCAGCGUAUCGGAUCGACUCCAGCAACUUCAAUCCUUUACCUUACUGGAAUGUUGGUUGCCAGUUAGUGGCACUAAACUACCAGUCUGAGGGGCGUAUGAUGCAAUUAAAUGAAGCAAAAUUUAGGGUAAAUGGCAACUGUGGUUAUGUCCUCAAACCUCAGCAGAUGUGCAAAGGCUCGUUCAACCCCUAUUCUUCAGAUCCACUUCCUGCUAGUCCUAAGAAGCAGCUUAUCCUGAAAAUCAUCAGUGGACAGCAGCUGCCUAAACCUCCUGACUCGAUGCUGGGAGACAGAGGAGAGAUAAUAGAUCCCUUUGUUGAGGUGGAAAUUAUUGGGUUGCCUGUUGACUGCUGUAAAGAUCAGACCAGGGUGGUUGAUGACAAUGGGUUUAAUCCUGUUUGGGAGGAAACACUCACUUUUACCAUCCACAUGCCUGAAAUAGCUUUGGUUCGAUUUCUUGUUUGGGAUCAUGACCCUAUUGGGCGAGACUUCGUUGGACAAAGAACGCUGGCCUUUAGCAGUCUUGUACCUGGUUAUCGACAUGUGUAUUUAGAAGGACUGACAGAAGCUUCCAUAUUUGUUCACAUAACCAUUAAUGAAAUCUAUGGAAAGUGGAGCCCCUUAAUCCUCAAUCCCAGUUACACAAUAUUGCACUUUCUAGGAGCCACAAAGAAUAAGCAGCUGAUCGGACUCCGAGGGCUGUUUAAUAAGAACCCAAAGCACAGUUCUGCUGAGAGCAGUGGUCACUAUGUACGGAAGCGCUCUAUUGGUGACCGAAUUCUCCGGCGCACGGCCAGUGCACCAGCAAAAGGUAGAAAGAAAAGUAAAAUGGGUUUUCUGGAAGCUUCUGAAAUUAAGGACAGUGCGUCCGAACCAGCAGACCUGAAGGACAAAGAAGGAGUUGUAAGGCGUACCAGCCGGAGUUUGCAAGCACGUCCUGCUUCUAUGCCAGUGGACAAAUUCCUUCUUGUAGGACUGCCGUGCACAGAAGAUGAAACUACUCAAGAUGCCAAAGGAAAUGCAACUGCCAACAGUGAUGGCGAUAAAAAUGAAAAGGAAACAAACUGGAAAGAAUCUGUUUUCGCCUGUUCUGAGAAAACCGCAGAUAUUUCAAAUUUUGCAUCUCCCUUGAAAAAGGAGAGUGCCCAGAAUGAAACUACAGCUGGUUUUUCCCUUGUGCCACCUCCCCAGGAGCAACCCGAACAUUUGGUUGCCGUAAGUGGUGUAACCGAAACAGAUCACCUCAUAGGCAAUCAGGAAAGUCACCUUCCCAUUGAAACUGUGCCUCUAAUUCAGGACGCUGGCUUUGAGCGCAUCACGGAAAAAAUGCAGGGCAGGAACUGUGCAGGCAGUAAAAGGGAAGAUGACACAAACAGGUGUAAGGAGCAGAAAUUAACGCCUGUCAGGACUUGCCUUCCUGAAAAAGUAGAGGAGGUUGAAAAUCCCAAAUACGACAUCAUCCAGAAAAGCACCGUGGCACAUCGUUCUCUCACCAAUAUUUCUUCUGCCGUCUGCUCUGAAGCUCCUGAUUUAUGUUCCUCUUUAACCAUGCAGGACAGCGACAUCUCCCGACUUAUAGAACAAGUUUCUUUGGUGACUGAGAGUGAGAUGGACAGUGCAGUCUCAGCUCUGAUUGGCCAGCUGGAUGUCACCGAUGACCAAACCAGCCUCACUGCACCGAUGCUCUCAGGUGCUGGCAGCCAGACCUUUGGUGCUGUGGCCACGCAAACACUUACUGCAGAGCUUAGCACUCCCUGUAAGAACGACUUCAUUUCCACCAAAUCCAGCAAAUCCCCUUUAUUUUCAACUCCAGACAUUGCCGUGUUCCCCAGCCCUGAGACUGCGGAGUAUUCUGUGUACACAAUUAUCCACGAAGCAACUCUUACUCCAGGUUCUGAAUUUAACACCCACAGUGGGUUAGUUUGCAAAAAAAAGUCGAAGAGUGUGGAAAAUAACUUGCCUGGCUCUUUUUGUUCUUCACCUUUCUCUUUGCUAAAUGCAAAUCCCCAAAGAAAAUGUGAAACAAGCUGGGAAGCCCCAGGAUCUGUGGGUUCUUUUGCUUCCAGUAGCCUCAUCUUUGAGGAGAUGCUUGUGGACCCCCCUGUGGGUGAGAAUUCAGAAAGCAGCAGUCUUGUAGAGGUGGGUGGGGAUUCUCAAGAUCUCUUGGUAACUGCAUGCACGUACAAAAGGGAAGAUGUGAGCCAAGUGGCUUCCCCUUUAAAACUGAGGCAGCAGCAGCAGGACAGUAGGCACUGUGGUGAGAGGACCUUUGGGAACUGUGCGAGUGUUGGGCUCUGUGCUGCUGCCCUGGACUGCUCGGAUAACUUUAGGACUGCGGGAAGCAAGCUCUCGUUUCCAGCCUGUGAAAAUGUUGGUUUUCUACAUCAUCAUCAUCAUGUGGAUAAGCAGAAAGAUUUGAUGUGUACCUCCAGGAGGUCCCAACUUGAUGUAAACUCACCAGUGCUCCGAAGCGCAUUGGCUUUCCCACCCCCCCCAGCCAUCAAACAGGCCAGCCCUUGCAAAUCCAAGAGUCUUGGUGACCUGACAUCGGAAGAUAUUUCCUGCAAUUUUGAAAGUAAGUAUCAGUACAUCAGUAGGAGCUUUAUCACAUCUGGCAUGAGAGACAAGAAGCUCGCUGCAAUGAAGAGGAUGAGACCACACUCUACAGAUGCUUUGACGGAACAGCUGAGAAAGCUGCUGUCCCUGGACCAGGAUGACAGCCACCAGAUGCUGUAUUCCAGGCAGCUUGAUGAAGACUGCCCAAAGGCGCUGGUCAGAAAGCUGUCGUCCAGGAGCCAGAGCAGAGUGCGGAACAUCGCCAGCCGUGCCAAGGAGAGGCAGGAGGCCAGCAAGCAAAAAUCUUCCAACACAGGCAGCAUAGCGGGGGUUGUCCUUCGGAACAAGCCUUCGGUGUCCCCUCACGUCGUCAACAGGCACUCGACUGGCUCCUACAUAGCCAGGUACCUGGGCAGCUUCCCUGAGGAGGCAGUGGAGGGCCGGGGUCUCCCUGAGGGUACGUGUGCUGCCUGGCAGCAGGGCUGUGCUGAGCGGCUGUGUGCUCACAGCCCCCUGCUGCAGCUGGAGCCCGACGGCGAUGAGAAGCCUGAAAUCUAUUUCCUGCUGAGGCUGUAGGUUGGAUAAAUGUACGUCUUCAACGUUUACAGAUCAUUUCAUUGAAAUGAAGGGUUUUUUAGAAAGAAAUACUGUUUCGAGGCUUUAAAUUAUUUAGAAAUGCAUUUUUGUGGUGGUGGUCCAGUCACAAUUUAAUGUUCCUUUUCCUAUUGGAACUUACGUAAAUAAAACCAUAUUCCAUCCUUAUGUAUGUAUUACUUUAAUUUAGCAGUUAUCAAGGAUGUAGGCUGGGGGCUGGCUGCACGCAAUGAGCGUUUGUAGCAUUUUGUCUUCGUAAUGCACGGCUCGAGGGCAUGACAUUGCAAUGAAUGCAAGAGUAUUUUUCUGUUUUCCCGAAGUCUGCUGUUUGAGAAAACAGUCCCAGUGGUUGCUUUUGGCCUUUCAUGCCAAUACUGCAUGGGGUGCUUUCUGUUCCUGGCGACUGCUCUGGGCUCUGACUGCUCAGCCAGGUCCUCCCCAGCAGCAGACCCCGAGCAUCGCCUUCACUCAGCUUUGUACCCAAAUGCUAAUAGUGAUUUUACACGUUUCCUUGUUUGGACUGUGGUUCUGCAACAAUCAAUUGGUACGAUUAGGGUUAGUCCACAUCUGUGAGGACUGCAUAGAUUUGUCUUCUGCCCACUCUGUGAAGUAUAACAACUGUUGUGUUCUGUCUUUGUCAAUGUGUGGAAUGCUUGUUUCAGGACUGAGUGGAAUGUGGGGGUAAAUCUGGGUUUAUGAAUAGAAAUUUCUGCAUAUUUUCUGUAUUUCUGCUAUUGGUUGUGUUUGUAGCAGAUUGGUUUUCUGUAUAUUUGUAAUUUUAUUGCUGAAGUGUUGAUAGUCAUUGAUAUUUAAAGCUGAUGUGAUAGAAUAACUAUUUUGACCGUCCUUCAUCUUUUUCUAUGAAUGCUGGAAGUGAAUUGAUGAGUAAUCUCCAACACCCGGAGCUUUCCUGUAGGGAACAGCAUAGCUUUAUUUUGGUUUAAAGAUAUCCUUUGUCUUUGCUGUAAGUUUUUUUCUUAUAUGUAAAAGAUGUACCUUAUACCUCUUUCUUUUGUAAUGCAGAGUAUUGUUGUUCUUGAGAACACCAUUAAAAUAGAUUUUUAAGCA